AAAGUCACCUCCUUUGGUUCUAAGCUCUCGAAUUAAGGUGCGGACUAAGCCCUAACCCUCCAGACCCCACCGUCGCAGAGGAAGAGAACAAAGAGUUGUAGAGAGAUAAAGUGAAGAGCAAAAGGACAAGAUUCUAGAGAGAGAGAGAGAGAGAGAGAGAGAGAGAGAGAGAGAGAGAGAGAGAGAGAUGGAAGACGAUGGGGGCAGCGGAAGUAGCAGCAACUUGGAAACAGGUAAGGCAGAGAGGUCGGUGUGGCUGAUGAAGUGCCCUUUGGUCGUCGCCAAGUCAUGGCAGUCUCACAGCCCCUCUGAUCCUCAUCCCCUUGCCAAGGUCGUUCUCUCACUCGAUCCUCUUCUCUCUGACGAUCCCUCUUCCCUUCAGUUCACAAUGGAGACGGCUGCUACUGAGACCGGACAUAAGCCAAAAACUUAUUCUUUGAAUAUGUUUAAAGACUUUGUUCCUAUGUGUGUAUUUUCGGAGACAAAUCAAGGUAAGGUUGCAGUAGAAGGGAAAGUAGAGCACAAGUUUGACAUGAAGCCCCAUGGUGAAAACCUUGAAGAGUAUGGCAAAUUGUGUCGUGAAAGGACAAACAAGUCCAUGAUUAAAAAUAGACAAAUACAGGUUAUUGACAAUGACCGUGGAGUGCAUAUGAGGCCCAUGCCUGGCAUGGUUGGCUUAAUUUCAUCUAGUUCCAAGGAUAAAAAGAAAACUGCUCCAGUGAAACAAUCAGACAUGAAAAGAACUAGAAGAGAUCGUGGGGAGCUGGAGGAUAUAAUGUUCAAGUUAUUUGAAAGACAACCAAAUUGGGCUUUGAAGCAGCUUGUCCAAGAGACUGAUCAACCUGCGCAAUUCUUGAAAGAGAUACUCAAUGAGCUAUGCGUGUACAAUAAGAGAGGGACCAACCAAGGAACUUACGAGCUUAAGCCAGAAUACAAGAAAUCUGUUGAGGAUACAAAUGCUGAUUAAAUCGACUUUUUUGUAUUAAUGAUUUUCUCGUUGGAGGAAAGAGAGUUGGGAAUUAACCAGCAAGAGUGGUAAGUUCCAGUGAAGAGCAUUAUAAGUAACACCAUCACCAUCAGCAAGGAGCAAAGUCUCUGCUUGCUCGCAUUUGUUGAUUCAUAAUUGCGAAGGUACUGCUAAUAAUUAUAAUCUGUUUGUUAUGAUUAUGGGGUAGGGGGAAAAAUCUGAUAAACUUGCUGUAAGAAUGUAUAUCCAAGUUAGUUUUGACAUCCAUAAUAGUUACUGUUAACCGCAGUUUACUUGUUUGAGAAGGUUGCUUAAAUUUCCAUUGCUCUUCAUCUGCUCACUAGCUCUCGUCACGGACUCACUGUCACUGCUUACAGAUGUCUUAGGGUACGAUUUUAUUUUUUUCUUUUCUUUCUUUUUUUUUUUUUUUGAAUAAUUUCCACAC